AUGGCGGAAAUGAAUUCUAAAGGAGGUUCGGAGUUUGCUAAACGUGUGGAUCCGAAAAAGGACAAUCUGAGCAAAGAACAGAUUGAGUUCAUGCGGAAAGUGGAGCUGGCUCAGUGGCAUAAAAACCUACAAAAACGGCGCGGGAGGAAUCUGAUUACAGGCUUAGCUAUCGGGGCAAUCGUCUUGGGCAUCUAUGGAUACACAUUUUAUUCAGUGUCACAGGAACGUUUUUUUGAUGAUUUGGAAAAAGAAGCAAAAAGUAUUCAAACAAGAAGUGAUUCCAAGACUUCCGUAAACUGAAACACUUAGUUUAUACAGUUUGUGUACUGCUGAUUUAUGACUGAUUGAACUGAACGAUUAUGCAGCCAAUAUAUAUUAAAGAAAAUUAAACAUG